CCCAUCUUGGGCCUCUUCGCUGUCGCUAGAUGUCCCUCCUACGCAUUGAAGAAACGGACGAGGAUGUCAACUCGGUUCAUCAUCCGGUAAGCCGCGAUGCGUUCACCUCUAGUGAGGCGUUUCCACAAAGCACUCAUGGGGUCGAACAGGUCGAAGACGAGUCCCUAGAGAGUUUCUUUGAGACGGAAUUCGGCUUGAAUGUUCUACAGGCUAUUGACCCAAUCGAGGACAACGAUAGUACUAACUUGGCCACAAGCACCCAACACCCUCCUCUCGGGCGGACUUUGACUACUUUCUCUAAAUUUUCCCUCGUCUCUGCUUUUUCAACCUUUUCCAAUGGAUCGGUUCUGUCGUUUCGGAGCACUGGGGCCAUAUAUCCCCUGGAGGAUCUUUGCGAUCGAGUCAUCGACAAACACAUGUGGCUUCAAAUGGCAAGGAUCGUCAGCACGUCAUGCUAUUCUCAGUAUCGAAACUUCGUUCUGCACCGCUUCCUGAUCUUUCGGCUAUACCGCCCGGAGAAAAAGGACAUAUGGUUGCGAAUUGAUCGAAAGGCUGGAUCAACUAUCCUCUCACUCGUGCGAAAAGGUGGUAAAACGCGUGCUAACGAUACGGCUCAGCUCUCAGCGUCGGAGAAAGACCUCAUCGGGAAGGCACGCCGGGAGAAUCAACAAAUAUUUGAUAAACCGCCAUUUCUUGGUGAUUUCAGUGACUAUCUUCGCGUUAUCUGCGACGAACUACGGGAGUAUAAAGUUUGGCCCGAUAACUGCUGGAUGUUUUGUUCUCUCCUACAAGAGCACCUUGGGAUCUCAGGGGACGGGCACUAUGCCUUCGGGGGCCCGGUUGUCCCUAACACAGCACCCCUUGUUCGAACCAGAAUAUCUGAGCGGGCAGUAGUCCAUGUGACACCCUGCACGGUAAGCCAUCUGUAAUAUAAUCGGUCCGGAGGCUGUUAAUUCGGCAGAAGAUUAUGACAGCACUACAAAGUGCGG